AUGGCAGACGCAGAAGUUCAGUGUACCGGCCCCGCCGACAACUACCAUGGCUCCGUCGGUCUGCGCGUCGGCGCCAUCUUCAUCAUUUGGGCCUCGUCCACGGUCGUGACCCUCUUCCCUGUCCUGACACGUCGUGUGCCACGUCUCGCGAUCCACCGCGAAGUCUUCGACUUUGCCAAAUACUUUGGCUCCGGUGUCAUCAUCGCAACUGCCUUUAUCCACCUCCUCGCAGCUGCUGCGAGUGACGAGGAACUCGGUUCGACAUGCCUCAACAGCAACUUCCAGAAUUACCCCUUCGCCUUUGCUUUUGCCAUGAUCGCCCUGUUCGCCGUCUUUGUAGUCGAAGUCCUGGCUUUCCGCGUUGGUAGCGACUACGCCCAGAAGCUCGCCUACGACCCUCACGCUGGCGGCCACCACCAUGCCAUGGAGCACGGCGGCAACCCCAACCACACAAGCGAACAGCCCUCUAACAGCGUAGUCAAGUCGGUUUCGUCUGAUGAUAUCGAAAACCCUGCUGCAAUCCAAGCUGGCGGCUCGGCUGCCGAGGGCAAGAUCGUCGCCGAUUCGGAUUCCGCUGCCACUACUCUCGCCCUUUCUACACAAGCAUCCGAGAUCCUCGGUGUCAUGAUCCUCGAGUUCGGCGUCGUGUUCCACUCGGUCAUCAUCGGCAUCACGCUCGGCACCACCGCAGACUUCACCGUCCUCUUCAUUGUCAUCAUCUUCCACCAGAUGUUCGAGGGUCUCGGUCUCGGUUCCCGUCUCGCUUUCCUUCCUCUCGCCAUGAAUUCCUGGAUCCCGACAGUCGGUGCUGUCAUCUACGGCCUUGUCACUCCCAUCGGUCUCGCUAUCGGUCUUGGCCUACGUCACUCGUACAACGGCGACUCGACCACGGCUGCCUACGUCACGGGUAUCUUUGACUCGGUCUCGGCUGGUAUUUUGCUGUACACCGGUACCGUUGAGCUGCUUGCGCACGAGUUCAUCUUCAGCGACAAGAUGCGCACUGCUCCUCUCAAGAAGGUCAUCAUCAGCAUUGUCGAAAUGCUUAUCGGCGCUGGUAUCAUGGCGCUGCUUGGUAAAUGGGCUUAA